AGAGCCAUGGUCACUCCUGCUGCUGCCUUUGAGGCCCUCAUGAAUGGGGUGACAAGCUGGGAUGUCCCUAAAGAACCCGUGCCCUGUGAACUGCUUCUGAUUGGAGAAAGUGCCUUCCCAGUGAUGGUGAAUGACGUGGGCCAGGUCCUCAUCGCUGCCUCCUCCUACGGCCAGGGCCGCCUGGUGAUAGUGGCCCAUGAGGGCUACCUGAUGGAUGCUGGGUUGGCUGCAUUUCUUGUCAAUGCAGUGCGGUGGCUCUGCCCCACCCCUGGGGCUCCCAUUGGUGUGCACCCAUCCCUGGCACCCCUAGUGGGCAUCCUUCAGGAUUCUGGGGUCAAGGUCCUUGUUGGGGCAGAACCAAGAAAGCCCUUGGGAGUUUACUGCGUCAAUGCCUACAGCGACACCAUGGCGGAGCAGCUGGUCCAGUUUGUGAAGCUUGGAGGGGGCUUGCUCAUCGGAGGCCAAGCCUGGUAUUGGGCCAGCCAGCAUGGUCGUGAUAAGGUGUUGUCCAAGUUCCCUGGCAAUCAGGUGACAAGUGUGGCUGGGGUGUACUUCACGGACACCUAUGGGGACAAAGGCCGGUUCAAGGUCUCGAAGAAGGUGCCCAAGAUCCCACUUCAAGUCAGGUGUGGGGAGGACCUCAGGCGGGAUCAGCAACAGCUCCUGGAAGGAGUCUCAGACCUGGACAUCCGGACCGGAGGAAUCCCCUCGCAGCUCCUGGUGCAUGGGGCGCUGGCCUUUCCCCUGGGGCUGGACACCAACCUCGGCUGCUUCCUGGCUGCCGCCCGCUAUGGCCGUGGCCGUGUGGUGCUGGCUGCCCAUGAGAGCUUGCUGUGUGCUUCCACGAUGCGGCCCUUUCUGCUCAAUGCUGUGCGCUGGCUGGCCAGAAACCAGGCAGGCAAAAUCGGAGUGAAUAAAAGUCUGAAGAGCCUAUGUCCCCUGCUGUCGGCUGGAGGCCUGGCUUGCAGCCUGGAGCCCCAGGUGACCAGGGACCUAUGUGUCUACUGCUGUGUGGCAUACAGUGACCAGGAGGCUCAGAACCUUCAGGAGUUUGUGGCUGAGGGUGGGGGCCUGCUGAUCGGAGGCCAGGCCUGGUGGUGGGCCUCCCAGCACCCGGGCCACUCCGCUUUGGUCAGCUAUCCUGGAAAUCACAUCCUCAACCCCCUCGGCCUCAGCAUCCUGGGCCAGACCCUAAACCCGGGCCGUUUCCCAACACCCGCCCCCGAGAUGAAGAACUACCACUUCCGCAGGGCACUGUCUGCUUUCCAGGAGGGCCUGAGUGUGGAGAGGGGCUGGCUGGCCAGGCUACGAUCGGAUGCUGCGGCCUUCCUGCAGAUCCCUGCUGAGGGCAUCCCUGCCUAUGCCUCCCUGCACCGGCUGCUCAGGAAGACACUACGCCAGGCUGGCCUUCCAGCUGUGAGCAAGGACAACCCUGUGGCUCGUGACUCCCAUGAGGCCAUGCUGCUCUGCCUGGCCACAGAGUUGGCCCGGUCAGGCAUGGACUGCUCCCAGCUGGCCCAAGGGCUCAGGCCUGACACCUGCCCCUCCAGCCUGCAUCCCUUUGAGCACCCUAUCACUGUGAAGAUCAAUGGGACCAACCCAGGCAACAGUGAUUCUUGGGUGAGCACAGGACUCUACCUCCCAGAAGGAUGGAAUGCAGAAGUCUCUCUGUCAAAAGCCGAAGUCUCUGCUGGCCUGAAGGUACAGGUGGGCUGCCACACUGACGACCUGAGCCACGCCAACAAGCUGUGCCGAGCACCUGUGGUGACCCACCAGUGCUGCAUGGACCGGCCCCGGCUGUCAGUUUCCUGUCUCUGGGGGGGCUUGCUCUAUGUCAUUGUGCCCAAGGGCAGCUCUCUGGGCCCUGUGCCAGUCACCUUCAGGAGGGCCAUACCAGCACCCUAUUACAAGCUGGGUGAGACAUCACAAGAGGAGUGGAGAAGGAGCAUCCAGAAGUGCCCAGUGCCCUGGGGGGAGCUGGCAACGGACAGCAUCAUCCUGACCAUACCCACAGCUAACCUGUGCACCCUGGAAGACCCUGAGCCCCUGUUGUGCUUCUGGGAUAAGAUGAUGGCGGCCAUAGCCAGGCUGGCAGCCCAGCCAUUUCCCUUCCACCGCCCUGAGAGGAUCGUCACUGACGUGCAGAUCUCAGCAGGCUGGAUGCACUCCGGUUAUCCCAUCAUGUGCCACCUGGAGUCAGUACCGGAGCUCAUCCAUGAGGCAAACAUGAGGAGCAAAGGCCUGUGGGGAGCUAUCCAUGAGUUGGGCCACAACCAACAGCAGCCUGGGUGGGAGUUCCCCCCACACACCACUGAGGCCACCUGCAACCUUUGGUCAGUCUAUGUGCACGAGACUGUCCUGGGCAUCCCCCGAGCCCAGGCCCACCCUGCACUGAAUCCUCUAGAACGGAAGAAGAGGAUAAAGACAUACCUAGGCAUGGGAGCCCCACUGAGCGAGUGGAAUGUGUGGACAGCCCUGGAGACAUACCUCCAGCUCCAGGAGGCCUUUGGAUGGGAGCCCUUUACCCAGCUCUUUGCUGAGUACCAGACCUUCUCUGGCCUGCCCAGAGACAACACUGGCAAGAUGAACUUGUGGGUGAAGAAGUUCUCUGAAAAAGUGCACAAGAACCUGGCACCCUUCUUCAAGGCCUGGGGCUGGCCAGUCCAGAAGGAAGUGGCCGAGAACUUGGCCUGCCUUCCCGAGUGGCAGGAUAACCCCAUGAGAGUGGACCUCCUUUCCCAGAAGUGA